AUGGUUUCUUCACAGUCUCAGAUGAAGCGGUUUGGAGUCGUGCGCAUUGGACAAAGGCCGCGGGAGGAGGAGCCAUGCGUCCAGAUACACACUGCCUUUUCUCUCGCCUCUACUAUUCUCUGUCGACAUAAAGGAAUACUGACCACUCCGCGUACGGCCAAGGCCUAUGUCAAGAUGUCUGUCAGCAAUCAUGAAAAUCGAAAGUCCCGCUCCAGCUCGGGAUCCAUGAACAUCCAUUUGUUUCACAAGACAUCCCACGCUGACAGUCUCCUGACCCAACUGAACCUACUGCGCAAGCGAAAUGUGUUCACCGAUGUUGUCCUGAGGGCCGGUCAGCGCGCCUUCCCAUGUCACAGGGCAGUCCUGGCCUCAUGCAGCAGGUACUUUGAGGCCAUGUUCAGUGGAGGGCUUAGAGAGAGCCGCGAUGCUGAGGUCAACUUUCACGAUUCGUUACAUCCAGAAGUUUUGGAGCUUCUGUUAGACUAUGCCUAUUCUGCACGAAUCAUCAUAAACGAGGAGAACGCAGAGUCGCUCCUCGAAGCUGGGGAUAUGCUCCAGUUCCAUGACAUCAGGGACUCUGCAUCUGAGUUUUUAGAAAAGAACCUCCAUCAAACGAACUGUCUGGGAAUGAUGCUCCUGUCUGACGCUCAUCAGUGCCAGAGACUGUAUGAGCUGUCGUGGAGGAUGUGCCUGGCUAACUUUGCCACGCUCUUCAAAACGGAGGACUUCCUCAGGCUGCCAAAAGAUAAAGUGAAGGAGCUCAUUCUGAGUGAGGAGCUGGAGGUAGAGGAUGAGAGUCUUGUGUAUGAAGCAGUAAUAGACUGGGUGAAAUCAGAUAUGGAGCAGAGGCACAGUGAGCUGCCUGAGCUGUUACGUUGUGUCAGGUUGGCUCUGCUGCCAGAGACUUACUUACUGAAACACGUGGCCUCUGAGGAGCUGGUCAUGUGUCAUAAAGUGGGACGCGAGAUUGUGGAAGACGCGGUAAGCUGCAAAACCAGGAUCCUCCAAAACGAUGGUCUGGUCACAGGGUUCUGUGCUCGCCCCCGAAAGGUGAGCCAGGCCCUGCUGCUGCUGGGAGGACAGACUUUCAUGUGUGAUAAAGUUUACAUGAUCGAUAACAAGACGAAGGAAAUCACUCCCAAAACGGACAUCCCCAGCCCGAGGAAGGAGUGCAGUGCCUGUGCCAUUGGCUCUAAAGUGUAUGUCACUGGUGGCCGCGGCUCGGAGAACGGCGCCUCGAAGGACGUUUGGGUCUACGACACGCUUCAUGACGAGUGGUCCAAAGCAGCGCCCAUGUUUGUGGCCCGGUUUGGACAUGGAUCAGCCGAACUUGACCACAUGCUGUAUGUGGUUGGAGGACAUACUUCUUUGGCUGGCUCUUUCCCCGCCUCUCCAUCAGUGUCUCUCAAACAGGUGGAGCAGUACGACCCUCAGACUAACAAGUGGACACUGGUGGCUCCCCUCAGAGAAGGAGUGAGCAAUGCUGCCGUGGUCGGUGCCAAAAACAAACUGUUUGCUUUCGGAGGCACAAGUGUGAACAGAGAUAAAUACCCUAAAGUACAAUGUUUUGACCCUUGUCAAAACCGCUGGUCUGUGCCGGCGGCCUGUCCACAGCUGUGGCGCUACACUGCUGCAGCGGUAGUGGGAAACCAUGUGGUUGUGAUUGGGGGGGACACAGAGUUCUCUGCCAGCUCUGCGUAUCGAUUCAACAGUGAAACGUACCAGUGGUCCAAGUUCGGAGACGUCACCGCCAAAAGAAUCAGCUGCCAUGCAGUAGCUUCCGGAAACAGACUACUCCUGGGACAGUGUGACCAGUGUGCCCUACUCUCUCAUUCCUACUGCCUUCGUCAGCACAUGGAAGUACCUCCCUGCUUGAUCGUCUGGUAUGCGGCCUGUACCACCGCACUGCACCCACCGCAGCCCAUCCAGCCUGAUCCGCAUUCAUAUGAGAGCGGCCUGGGAGAGGUGGACGUCCUGUUUACCCGUGUGGCCUGUGUGGUUUUCCCAUGA